AUGGCGGAAGAUCUAGUGCUCGACACGGCCAUCAGAGAUUGGGUGCUGAUUCCGCUCUCUGUUGUCAUGGUCCUCAUUGGAGUUCUCCGCUACUUCGUCUCGAAGCUUAUGCGCUCGUCUCCAGUCCCCGAUGUUAAAGUCGUACGAGAAGGGCAAAUCGUACUUAGGGCUCGGAAUUUACGUUCUGCUGCUAAUUUUAUUCCCCACAAGUCGUUUCGUUCCCGCAGAGUUUAUUAUGGCAACGAGGAGAAUGGGCUGCUCUAUGUUCCCAAAGGCCAGGCCCAAAAUGCACAAGCACAGAUGUUUUCAGAUCCAAAUAUGGCAAUGGAUAUGAUGAAGAAGAAUCUCUCCAUGAUUAUACCUCAGACUCUUACUUUUGCGUGGGUCAACUUUUUCUUCUCCGGAUUUGUAGCAGCAAAAAUACCCUUUCCUCUGACUCAGAGGUUCCGGUCGAUGUUACAGAAUGGAAUCGAUUUGAGUACUGUGGAUGUCAGCUAUGUCAGUAGCCGUUCAUGGUACUUUCUAAAUUUGUUUGGAUUAAGAGGUUUAUUCAGUCUCAUUCUGGGAGAAGAAAAUGCAAUGGAUGAUACACAGAGAAUGAUGCAAAUGUCUGGUUUUGGCAUGGACCCAACAAAGGGUUUGAGUGCCGAGAAAGACAACUUAGACAUAGUGCAACAUGAAUGGGUCUUGCCCAAGUUUGAGCACCGUGCUGAAGCUGUGUUGAGAAAGAUUGUCAGCUGAUCGGUUUCUGCCUCACAGGUCCUCUACUAGUAUCUUUUAUAUGAUUAUUACGAAUUAGGUACUUUUCUUGGGGAUUGUUGUGAAACAUAGAAAUCUGUUUUUAUCAGCCAUGGAUUUUGUAACAUUAAAUUAUUUUUAGUCAACUAAUAGCAAUUUGAAUCUUUCCAAGUUAUGUACAAUCAAUUCUAGCAAAAGGAUACCGUUAAAGAUGGAAUGCAAUGAUGAUGUUGAACAUCUCUUAGAAGG